AUGGCAAGCUUCGGAGCAACCUCCUUCCAGAACCUCUCGAUCAAGGAGGACGCAUCGGCGCCUCGAAUCGACGUGGGUGCUGCCCACGCCCACCUCGACGCCAUCGAUGCGGCCUUGGAGCACACGGCGCCGCUCGUCGACGCUGACGGCGAUGCGUCAUGGGGCCCCGUCGUCGUCGCCCCGCACAUUUCGUUGGCCGAAGCAGUCAUUGUCGGCCAAGAGCUGCUGCAUCGGUGGGUGUUUGAGCCAUUUAUCGAGAACCCAACGGUCGGGCGACUGCUGGCCUCCAGCAAACACACAUUUGUCCACGACCACUCGCGUCGCGUCGCCAUGACCACGAUCGACUACCAGCUACGCGACAUGACUCGAUUUCAACUUGACGACGUCCAACUCGCGACGGGUCGGCGUCUGUGCCGCGUCCAGCAAGCCACCGACUCGUUGACGCCGUUGGGACUCGUCGUUGGUGGCGAUGUGCUGGACGCGGGGGACGGCCAGCCGUACCCGACAUUUGUGCUGGAGAUCUUCUACAAGAAUGAGAGUUUGAGCGACUUGCGCGCGACGCUCGCUCGAUGGAUGGACGGAACGUCGGUGCAAGUGGCGUUUGGCAUCAAGGUGAACACGCGAGGCCAUCGCUAUGUGCUUGUGCUCCACGUCCGUGGCCAGCCGGUGGUAGAAAGUCGCAUUGACCACCACGCGACUCCCAUUCGCUGGGCAGGCUUUCCAGUCGCCGCUUUGUACUGGGGCGUGGCUUUGCCGCCGGCGCUGGCAGGUUAUGCGGAAGCGAUGGUUAACGUUGACAUUUACCUGCUGCGGGAAUCUCUGUAUGGUCCGAACAGCGCGGCGACGGGUGCAGGGUUCGGCUAUAUAGGAUUUUCGUAG